AUGAGCAUCCUUAGACAAAGAAGAGCGUUUUCAUCUGCUGCAAGAGCGGCAAAGAAGUUUAAUAAGUAUUCUUCCAUCAUUACUGAACCUAAAUCCAACGGUGCAUCCCAAGCCAUGUUGUAUGCAACUGGUUUCAAGGACGAGGAUUUCAGUAAGGCACAGGUUGGUGUUGGUUCUUGCUGGUGGUCUGGAAACCCUUGUAAUAUGCACUUGAUGGAUUUAAAUAAGGCAUGUGCAGAUUCUGUUGAAAAAGCAGGCUUAAAAGGAAUGCGUUUCAACACUAUCGGUAUUUCGGAUGGUAUUUCAAUGGGUACCUCUGGUAUGAGAUACUCCCUUCAAUCCCGUGAGAUUAUUGCUGACUCUUUUGAGACAAUUGUCAUGGGUCAACACUACGAUGCUAACAUUGGUAUUCCUGGUUGUGAUAAAAACAUGCCUGGUGUUCUAAUGGCAUUCGCUAGACACAACAGACCUUCUAUAAUGGUCUAUGGUGGUACUAUCUUACCAGGAUCUGGCACUUGUUCUGGUGUUCCAAAACAGUUAGACGUCGUUUCUGCCUUCCAAUCUUACGGUCAAUUUCUUUCUGGAGAAUUCUCCGAAGAACAAAGAUCAGAUGUCAUUAGACACGCAUGUCCUGGUCCAGGUGCCUGCGGUGGUAUGUACACUGCCAAUACUUUAGCUUCAGCCUCAGAAGUCUUGGGUAUGUCACUGCCAUUUUCUUCAUCAUCUCCAGCAGUUUCGGAAUUGAAAAAGCAAGAAUGUUCUAAUGUUGGUUUAGCAAUUAAGAACUUAAUUGAAAAAGAUAUCAAACCAAGAGAUAUUAUGACUAGAUCCGCAUUUGAAAAUGCGAUUAGGUACACUAUUGCUGUUGGUGGCUCUACCAAUGCCGUCUUACAUUUGAUUGCUAUUGCACAUUCUGCUAACAUCAAACUAACCAUCGAUGAUUUCCAAAAAUUAUCCGACGAAACUCCAUUGCUUGGUGAUUUCAAACCUUCUGGUAAACACGUCAUGGCUGAUUUAGGUAAAGUGGGAGGUACUCCAGCUAUUAUGAAGUUUUUGCUAAAGGAAGGCUUCCUUGAUGGUUCUACACUGACCGCUACAGGUAAAACCAUGAAGGAGAAUCUUGAUGAGUUACCUGGUUUAUCCGAAAACCAAGAUAUUAUGAGACCUGUUUCUAAUCCUAUCAAAGCAACUGGCCACUUACAAAUUUUGAAAGGUUCUUUGGCUCCAGAGGGUUCCGUUGCCAAGAUUACCGGCAAAGAAGGUACUAGAUUUGAAGGUAAAGCAAAGUGUUAUGAUAGAGAAGAAGAUUUCAUUACAGCAUUGGAAAAAGGUGAAAUCAAAAAGGGCGAAAAAACCGUUGUUGUUAUCAGAUAUCAAGGUCCAAAGGGUGGACCAGGUAUGCCUGAAAUGUUGAAGCCAUCUUCUGCAUUAAUGGGUUACGGCUUAGGUAAAGAUUGUGCAUUAUUGACUGAUGGUAGAUUCUCUGGCGGUUCUCACGGUUUCUUAAUCGGCCAUAUUGUUCCAGAAGCUUUCGAAGGCGGUCCAAUUGGCUUAGUUAGGGAUGGUGAUAAAAUUGUCAUUGAUGCUGAUAAAAAUGCUAUUGAUGUUCUUGUAUCCGAAGAAGAACUUGCCGAAAGAAGAAGACAAUGGAAGAGGCCAGAGUUGAAAUAUAAGAGAGGUACCUUAUACAAAUAUGUACAAUUGGUCUCUGAUGCCUCCAAAGGUUGUGUUUUAGAUUAUGACAAUAACGACAAAUAA